ACCGCAUCACUCCGUCAACACGGUGAGCCUCCGCCGCCAGCGGCUGUCAAACGGAGGCAGGCCGCCGCUGCAGCGCCGCUGCCCGGCUGUGAGAACCAUGACCGCCCCCCUGUGAGCCGCAGGGCCGGGAGCAGCCGGGAGGGCGCCGCCGACGGGCGUGGGUGAACCGCUUUCCCCCCUCAUCCAUCCCCGCAGGUAUGUCCGCGUCCGCCGCCGCCAAGAAGAAGCACGUCCGCUUCGCCAGCAUGGAGGACGACGACGACAACGACGAGCAGGAGGAGGACACCCUGUUUGACAAGCGGAAGGACGCCGGCGGCCGCGGGCUGAAGAGCGCCCUGAAGGCGGUCAAGCGGGCCGCGGCGCCGGGCUCCGAGCAGCGGGUGGUGGUGGUCGGCGGGGAGCGGCAGGGCCCCGGGGCGUGCGGCCGCUGGAUGGUCACGCUGGCGCUGUGCGCAUCCUUCCUGGGCCUGGGGAUGAGCAUCUCCGUGCUCGGCCCCACCUUCGAGGACCUGGCCGUCAACGUGAAGAAGAACAUCAGCAACAUCUCCUACAUCUUCGUGGGCCGCUCUGCGGGAUACAUCGGGGGCUCUCUGAUCGGGGGGGCGCUGAUCGACUGCAUGAACGCCAACAUCCUGCUGGGGAUCUCCAUGCUGUUCACCGCCGUGGGGAUGUGCGCCAUCCCCUUCUGCAAGCAGGCGCUGCUCCUCACCGCCUUCAUGUCCGGCAUCGGCGUCUCCAUGGGGGUCCUGGACACAGGUGGCAACGUCCUGAUCCUGAACACCUGGGGCGAGCAGGCCGGGCCUCACCUGCAGGCGCUGCACUUCAGCUUCGCCGCCGGCGCCUUCAUCUCUCCCAUCAUCGCCAAGCUGCUGUUCGGCAACGACGGGUUGGCGCCGACCACCGCCGCCCCCCCGCUGCCCAAAUCCCCCCAGGACCAGGUCCGCGCCGCGGUCCAGCUCGUCCACGGCAAGGCGGGCACCUUCAAGUCCAUGUGGGCCUACAUCGUGAUCGGCUCCUUCGUCUUCCUCAUCUCCUUCGUCUUCUUCGUGCUGUACGCCCGCGGCAGCCCGCCUCGCGACCGGGCGCGCGGCGCCGCGGGGAAGCCCCUGGUGGCGCGGCACCACCUGGCGCUGGUGGUGCUGCUCUUCUUCUUCUUCUUCGCCUACGUGGGGGCCGAGGUGGCGUACGGCUCCUUCAUCUUCACCUACGCCAAGGACUACGCGGGCAUGUCGCAGUCGCAGGCGGCCGGGCUCAACUCGCUGUUCUGGGGGACGUUCGCCGCCUGCCGGGGGCUGGCCAUCUUCUUCGCGGCGUGCCUGUACCCCGGCGCGCUGAUCCUGUUCAGCCUGGUGGGGACCACCGUGUCCUCGCUGCUGCUCUGCCUCUUCAGCCGGCACAGGGUGGCGCUGUGGCUGUGCACCGGCCUGUACGGCGCCGCCAUGUCCACCACCUUCCCCAGCGGCAUCGCCUGGGUGGAGCAGUACACCACGGUGACCGGGCACACCGCCUCGGCCUUCGUGGUGGGCGCGGCGCUGGGGGAGAUGGUGCUGCCGGCGCUGGUGGGCUUCCUGCUGGGCGUCUUCCCGCAGCACCCGCUGCUCAUGUACCUGUCGCUCUUCACCGCCACCUGCACCGCCAUCCUCUUCCCCGUCAUGUACAAGCUGGCCUCCGCCCCCGCCGGCCAGAGCAGGAAGCCCCGCGCCGGCGGCCGCCAGCGCGAGGCCGACGACAGCGAGUACCAGCAGGCGCUGCUCCACUCGGGAGCCAACGAGGACGAAGAGGAGGAGGAGGAGGAGGACAACGAGGCGGAUCAGUGGAACGACGCCGACUUCGAGGUGAUCGAGAUGGACGACGCCUCCAGUCUGAUCAGCUCGCCCAGCAAGGCGUCCGCGGCUCCGCCCGACGUGGGCGCGGCGCCGGAGGUGCUGGGAGGCGCCGGCGGCCCCCCGAGCGAGGCGCCCCCGCACCCCGGCCCCCUCGGGGGAGAAUCGCCCCGCCGCAAGCUGCUGCUGUCUCUGGACCGAGAGAAGAACGACUGAACUGAUGCCGCCGUGCGUCCCGAUGCGCUUCCUUCUAGAAACACGUAGAUCCGUCAGGCGCUUCUCUCUCCACUUCCUGUUCCCUCCAAUCAAACCCAUCCUGAUUCCACACUCCAGAUUUCUCACGUGAAUCAAUGUUUCUGCUGCACUAGAUUUACAAUGAAGGAUAAAUUCCCUGAAAUGUUUGGUUUCUGAAGGCGAGGCGGUCCGGAGCGGGUUCGUGUUUUGUUCCUCGAUGUCCGCCGCUAUCGUCCAGCCUUGUUCCAGAAGAUUCCCCGGCCCCGGGGCUGAUGGGAAGUCUGUGCCUUGUCCGAGGACACCAGGAAGUACUUCCAGCCUGAGAGUUACCUUCAAGAAUAAACUACUGAGGCUGGUGUGAAAUGACCAAAUGGUUUUGUUUGGGAGUGACGGACGAGGCGAAGGUUUCCGUCUCUUCUCGGGACUCGCGCUUCUCUAAAUGUCGUCAGCACUGUGAUUCAUGUCGGUUCAACCUCUAAACGCUUCGAAGACGAGACUUCAAUACAUUGACUUUUUAUUAUAUCAAUCUCAAAGCUCCACCAACAGCAACGUCCAAUAAAAACAAAGAAAAACACGUCCUUCA